AAUCUCUUUCAGCUAAAAAUUACCAGAAACGAAAACCACUUCUUCCUGUCUCAAAAUAGAAAGUAAAAAUCAGAUUGUGAAAAUUCCAUAAAUCCGAGCAGCUUCGAUCUCAAUACAGUUAGAACGAAAAUCCCACAAAAUUAUUUACAAGAAAAAUGGUGUACACAUACACUCCCACCUACUACACCUCAUUGCAAGACUCCAUCACUUCGAUUUGCAAGACAAUCCUCCCCUUCUCCUUGAAGAAGAGGCGGCAUCCGGCCAUCGCGGCGGCCGAGCAACGCCUGUCCAAGCAGCAGUCAGAUAAUCUCAAGUGGCAGCAGGAUUCAUUCCACCAUAUACUCAACUUGAUAGGACUUUCUAAAGAAGGCAUUGUUCCUGCAAAUGAGGUCUCUACUUUUAGAACACACCUUCUCGACACCCUCGUUGCCUCGCCUGCUGAUCACGAGCCGCCAUCGAUCUUGAGGGAUAAGUUGAUCUUCUUACAGGAGUUGCUCUAUGCAAAAUGCAUAUCAGAAGAAGAGUAUCAUGCAUCAAAGAGGCCUUUGCUGCAGAGGCUUGCAGUUCAAGGAGCUGAGAUCGAGGCACGGAAUGUGAUAGUCGGGGUGCUGCACAAGGAGACUACAAACGACGAAUGGUCCGAAAUAGAUCUCAAAGAUGACAAAGGCUCUGCCAAUCAACAAGUUAUCUCAGCUUCUAAAGGAGGCUUGAGAGUGAAAAGAAUGAAAGGAGUUGCAUCUGUUUUAGGUCUUGCAUCUUUGGAUAAACAUGGGAAGUUGAAGGAGAAUGACGCAGUUAAUGCAGGCUGCAGCAGUAGAUCGGACGAGAGAGGAGAUGGUUUUAAGUCUAUUCUCAUGGAGGAGAGCUCGCCAUCACCGGUGGUUGAUGAGAGGAAGAGGAGUGUUAGCGGCAAGGUGAAGAAGGCGACAUUGAGGGCCGCCCUUCAGAGAGAGGAAGAGGGAAGCGGUAGCUGUGGCCUACACGAGGCUAAGGGCAAAGAGAAAGUGAAACUGGGGAAGAGGGUGUGGGGAUUUGAUGGAUUGAAGAAAUGGAGGAGGAUUGAACCCAGGCACGAAAUAGCUCAGUUUUCAUCUGUGGAUGAGGAAGAAGGUUAUGGCGGGAAACUCGUUCCGAAUCCAGUCGGAGAGGGACCAGACACCAGGCAGAUCAAGAAGAAGUUGCAUCCGAAUGGGGCGCCAGCUGAUUUCUUCGUGGAUAAGGUCGUAGCAGAGAAUAUAAAGAAGCAGCUAUCGCGAAUCAGAAGAGACACAGGCGCUCAUCUAACAGAUGAUGAGAUUGAAGCCAUCUCGACGAGGCUUCCUGCCGACAAGGCAGACUUGAACAAGCUAUUUCCAAAAUCAUGGUGUGAUCAACAUGGCGAAGUCGUUUUAGACGUGGUGAGGAAGGAAUUCAAGGAGCACAUGAGAGAGAUGGGGAAUCAACGACACAACAAAAUUGAUGAUGAGAAUUCGCAUCCAAAUCUUAAAUAUUAGUAGUAGCAUUGACAUGUAGACAUGGCCGAAAUUCCUUAAUCGGCCCAAAUGUGUUGUUACUUAUAGAAUGUGGAUGCUACAUUCCAUUCUUUGGAUUUUUAA